AUGUUAGAAAGAGCUCGUAAGCCCUGUGCUCAGCCUGCAGAAUGCCACGCAGUCCCUUCAUCUAAUCAUCUGACUUGGAAACGCUCUUAUAGUGCAUCACCGCACGGUUGUUUGGGUCGCCCACAGGUAAAGGCGGUUACACCCAAGCAAGGCUAUCCUCAUCGAAAUACACCAUUCAGCUUUUCAUCCUCUUUGAGGUCAAACGUUUAUCACACUAGUCGCUACAGACAGCGCUUUAAAAACUUUGCCUCUGGCAAAUUAACUCUUAGGCGCUCUUCUUUUUGCUUCAAACCGCAUAGUAGAUACAAGGUUGAUAGGCGGCCGGGCGCAGACUUGCGCGUGGCGCUGUUGACACCUCUUCCGCAGAAUCAUCUGAUGUUAGGUUACUCACAAGAUAUUCAUUCCGAAGGGCAACGUGUACGCGAUGCGAUAAUGCGCCUGAGCUACCGUCGACGCCCAGUUUGUGCAUAUUUCGUUAGGACGGGACAAUGUCAUUCUGGAAAAGCUUGCCGCUACGAGCAUGAUGCAAACUACGUUCGCCUUUGUCCACGUUUCUUGAACCAGUCGUGCCAACUGGGAAGUUCGGUCUGCCUAUUAGCCCAUGUACUGGAUCCGUGUCGACUUCCUUUAUGCGAAUUUCAUGAAAACGGUGGUUGUAAUCGCAAUCAUUGUGUAUACCUGCACAAGUCGUAUCCCGAAAACACGCCACUUUGUCCUGAUUUUUUGCGGGGACGCUGUCCACGUGGGCGUGCGUGUUGCAAGCGACAUGUGUGGCGCUCUUCGGUCGCGUCUCGACGCAAAGUUGAUAGGACAUCGGACAGAGGUCGAAUUUCCCUAAGAGGCCAUUCCAGGUCGAGCGCUGUUCCAUCAGAUGUCGCCCAUCCAGUGGCAGCGAUCCCUGAAGGCUCAUUACGGCACGUAUUUCCUGCUCCAAUGUUCAUUCCCUUGAUGGACGACCACGAAUCCACCUAA